CCUAAACCAACGUCUUAUCCCCCGCCGCACUUUGAGUUGUGCACUCAUAUACAUACACCACAUGCAUGCAAAAUACAUGAACAUGACAUUGCAUGCAAAGGAGAAAAUAUCAAUCCCUUCAUCAAUUCUUCUGCUUCUUCCUCUUCUGUUGUGUCCGACCAGUGUUGUCUCGGACGACAACGUCCCGAUCCCUCCGACUAAGGAUCAAGUGAACACUUGGUUCACUGCCAACGUCAAGCCCCUCGCAUCCAGAAAGGACCUCGAUCCCGGCCUCGUCAAGGCCGAGGCCAACGUCUCUCACAUUAAGGUCAGUAGCGACGGAAAAGGGAAAUUCAAGACCAUUUCCGAUGCCAUCCAUAGCGUACCCGCCGGAAACACACAACGAGUUAUCAUUUCGUUGGCUGGCGGGACCUACAAGGAGAGAGUGAAGAUAGAAAGGGACAAGCCAUUCAUCACCUUGUACGGUGAUCCGGCUAAUCGGCCCACCAUAGUCUUUGAUAGCACGGCGGCUAAAGAUGGCACCGUGUACAGUGCCACCGUUUACGUUUUAUCGGAUUACUUCAGCGCGGUUAAUAUUGACUUUGUGUGUAUGCAGAAUUCGGCUCCAAGGCCAGAUGGGAAAAAACCAAAUCAACAAGCCGUGGCUGUAACCCAGAGUGGCGACAAGGCCUCCUAUUACAACUGUAAGAUGAAAGGAUUUCAGGACACAUUUUGUGACAAUGUUGGAAGACACUUCUUCAAAGACUGCUAUAUUGAAGGGACAGUUGAUUUCGUAUUUGGCGAUGGCAAGUCUCUAUAUGUGAACACAGAGUUGCAUGUGAUAGAAGGCGACAAUAUGGCUGUAGUAACAGCACAUGGUAGGCACACGAAUGCUGAGGACACUGCAUACUCUUUCGCGCAUUGCAAAGUUACAGGGAAAGGGACUGGGGGCUUGCUUGGGAGAGGAUGGAAGCCUUUCUCAAGGGUCAUUAUUUCAUAUACUGAAAUCGGCAAUUGCAUCAAACCAGAGGGGUGGAGUGGCAUGCGUGGAAAUCCUACCAAUGGAGGGACAACUUUCUUUGGGGAAUAUAAGAAUACUGGACCAGGAUCUAAUAUGAAAACGAGGCCCAAGUUUGUAAGGAGGUUAACUGAUCCAGAAGUUAGACCUUACCUCACACUUGGUUUCAUAGAAGCAUCUAAGUGGCUUCUUCCCCCUACCAAAGUCUGAAGUGUUGGACGUAUAUGCAUGUUUGACCAUCCAUUUGAUAUGUAUAGUACAUGCUUUAUUAUUUGCCGUUAUUGAGUCGGGUUCAUUUUAUUUAUUUGAUAGAGUAUAUGGGUCCACAUCCUAUGACCCACAUACUCAGAAUACUAAUAUCAAGGCAGCUGUCAUAUGGCUAAUCCUCCAUUAGCUGACUUACGGUUCAGACACAGAAACUCAAAAACCCAGAUACUAAAGACCAUCGCCAGAAAGCACUUGGGAUCCCCUCAGUUGGACUCUCCAUCGGUCAGGCCCUCCACAGAACGUCUUCGGUGGAAUGCAUUUUAUACUUAACUCUAAAUAUCGUGUACUUAGCUCAUUAGAGGCCUUAUAUUGUAUCGGGCCUCUCAGGCCCAAGACCUAGGAGCUCAAUCCACAUUUCCUCUAUAAAUACUUCCCAUGGGGGUAGUCGUAGGGCGUUGAGAAAUACUAUCAUUCGUUCUGUUUUAAUCGCAACAUGUUGAAUUUUACACUA